AGGUAUAAUCGAUAAGGACGCUCAGAUCCGAGUCCCUCCUGACUACACUCUGAACGCUCACCUGCGGACCACAGAGUAACAUUUGCUAUGGCGCAGAAUCGGCAUCUGGCCACUCCUGACUCGGAGUAUGCGGCGUUGCUCGCGCAGCUCCCGACACUUCCACCUGUUAGAGACGUACAGGUCUUGCGGAAAAUGACGAAGGAUGUCGUUGUGCCUACCUUGAAUAGGAUACGAGGUGCCAGUUUACCUGCAGAGACGAAGUACCGCGUCACAGACCAUGAAAUCGCCGUGGACUGCGGUACGAUCUCAGUUCGAUGUACGACACCAACGAAGGGCGAAGUAUUUCCGUUGAUGGUCUGGGUCCACGGUGGAGGUUUCGUGACUGGGACCCUCGAGCCUGACGACUACCUCUUGCGCACUCUGAGCGUCGAAUUGGGUAUUGUUACCGUCAAUGUCGAAUACAGGCUAGCCCCAGAGUUCCCGUUCCCCACUCCACUGAACGACUGCUAUGCCGCGCUAAAAUGGGCUGCAGACAACGCCGCUCUGCUUUCCGCGUCCGUUACCAAGGGCUUCAUACUCGGAGGACAGUCGGCCGGCGGCAACCUCGUAGCGGCACUUGCCUACCGCGCCCGCGAGGACCUCUUCUUCCAAGGUCGUGCUCUCACCGGGCAUCUCCUGCAAUACCCGCAGGUCAUACACCCCGAUGCAGUUCCUGCGAGAUACAAGUCGGAGCUUCUCUCUAUCGAGGAGCUGAAGGACGCGCCCGUCUUGAAGCGUGAUGAUCUUCUAUUCUUCGCUCAGGCAUAUCAGGCGGAACCGUACAACCCAGAGUGCUCUCCUCUGCUCUAUCCGUCGCACGCAGGCCUUCCGCCGCUGUAUAUGCAAGUAUGUGGAUGGGACCCUGUCCGGGACGAAUGUCUGCUAUACGAGAAGGUGCUCCGCGAAGCUGGGGCGGAUACGAAGAUCGAUAUAUAUCCUGGGGUGCCGCACAUUUUCGCGGCUAUGCACCCCACCUUGUCUCAAGCAGUCAAACACGACCGGGACAUGAGGGAAGGCAUUCGAUGGUUGCUGGAGAAGACGGCGCAAAGUUGACCUCUGAAAGACGUCAUAUACAUUACACGAGUUG